AUGGUCAAGCGGAUUUCGUUCAAUUUGGUUGCGGAUAUAGCUUCAUGUGUAGCCGAUUUCUUUUUACAGACCAACCGUUUCUAUGUUGCCAUACAACUUUGCAAAGAAAUGCUGACUCUGAUCGAAUUUUUCGAAAACGUAUCGUCAUCAAAAAUGGUGGGCCUCAGACUAUUGAUCUACCUUUCCCUUGGUCCUGCGUACAUCCAAGUAGAUUCUUUUCAUGAAGCAAAAUCGACUUUCAAACUUGGCCUUAGAGCAAGUGAAAAGUUAAACGACAAAAUCUCCGCGGGGAUAUGCUCCUUCAAUAUUGGUUGUGCUUACCAAGUUCUUGGCCGAUGCGACAAGUCAAUCAAACAUUUUAAAAAAGCACUUCAGAUAAAUGCGGCGAUUGGAAAUAUCGAAAGAGAAGCGAAAACCUAUUGGUACCUCGGAAGGGUGUAUCAAGCCCUAGGUCAGUCUGAAGAAGCACGCGAUUGCUAUCUGAAAUCAAUCAAUCGGAGCAGAGGCAAAGGAUACAAAUACUUGGAGGCUGCAGCUUCAAUCGACCUUAGUAAAGUGUUUCGUUGUCUGGGGGAGAUCGAGAAAGAGAAGCUUAUUUUAGAAAAAGCACUCAAAAUCUGGGAUGAAAUCGAUGACGCUUGUGGAAGAGCACUAGUAUUGGCUCUUAUGGGAAUGAAUGCUGAUCCCACUGAUCAAAGUGGUAAGUUUUUCGAGUUCUUAGAAAAAUCACUUCAAAUCAGUAGACAGGCGAAUGAUAGUAAGGGCGAAGGAAGUACUUGUUUGGGUUUAGGCGGAGUUCUUGCAGCCCUUCAACAAUUUGAUGAAGCACUCCCCUACCUAGAAAAAGCCACUGAACUAAGUUAUUCGUCAGGAGACAGAGAUACUUAUGAGCAGGCCUGUCUUUGGCUGGCUGAUGUACACCUUUCCCUGGGCCACUGUGAUAGGGCAACGGAAUACAGAGAGCGAGCAAUUCAAACAAUCAAGGACUCAGGAUUCAGAAAGAUGCCUAGAUCGUGGGCUCUAAUGCGUGCAGCUGUUGGCUAUGCUGCAGAAGGAUUUACAGAGCAGGCCUACAACAUUUCAUUAGAAAGCAUAGAGUACUUUGAAAGCGAACUGGAACCACUAAGUGAUGAGCACAAAGUAUCUUUCGGAAGUAAGACAGAUAUUUUCUUCGUCUCUGUGUACGAGUUUCAGUCCUCUUUACUCCUUGAUCUUGGUAGGGAUCUCGAUUCUUUAAUUGCUGCAGAGCAGGGCCGUGCUCGUGUCCUGAGAGAAUUGUUAACAAAGAGAUAUUCAAUUGAAGGACAAGUCAAACCAGUAAAUGAAGAAGCUUUGGUUGGUUUAGUGGAACGACUGAAGAAGGAACAAAUUAUAGUAUUCAUAGCGCUUCUUUUGGUCGAAUUCAAUUAUUGGAUCAUAUCAGGUGAUAACAAUGGAAAGCUGGAACAAUUAAAGUCCUCAACAACUCUGCUUGAUCUUCUGAAAGCUAAGCCACGAGAUGAUAUCAAAUCCUUUGCCAAUGAACGAGAAACUGAGGUAGAAGACCGUUCGUUAUCUGAAUUAUACGACUGUGACCUCAAGUCUGAGAAUGAAGAAAGUGUGGACUAUACAACUAAUACGGUAGAACGGCUUCUUGAGUUGGACGCUGAACACUCGGCAAAUAUUGAGAAUCGGUGGUACAAAACAUUGAUCGCUCCAAUCGCAGAUCGUAUCGAAAACCGAGAGCUUGUGCUCGUCCCUGCGCCAAAUUUGCUUAUGGUUCCCUAUGCAGCACUCCAGGAUGAUUCUGGAAAGUACCUGUCUAAUACAUGCAAAAUCCGCAUCAUUCCCUCGUUGACAACACUCAAGCUUAUCCUUGACUCUCCACCAGAUUAUCACAGUGAGACUGGGGUACUGAUCGUCGGUGAUCCACAGAUCAAUCAUGUUACACCACUUUCGCAGUUGAAAGCAGCGAGGCAGGAGGCUAAAGAAAUCGCUGAUCUUCUGGAGGUGGAGCCUUUGUUGGGUGAGCAAGCCACGAAGGAAGAAGUGCUGCGACGAAUAACUGAUGUGUGUCUAGUACACAUCGCCGCCCAUGGUGACGCGGAAAGAGGAGAGAUUGCUUGUGCACCCAACCCAUCCUCCCCUCAAAACCCAACGAAGGAGGACUACAUGUUGACCAUGGGAGACGUCGCCAAGGUUCGGAUCCGGGCCAAACUUGUUGUUCUCAGCUGUUGUCACAGUGCUAAAGGAAAGAUCAUGAGAGCCGAGGGAGUUGUAGGGAUCGCUCGCGCCUUCAUUGCCUCAGGAGCUCGAUCAGUGCUGGUUUCCCUGUGGGCCGUGGAUGACAAAGCCACAAAGCAGUUCAUGAUUCGUUUCUACGGACAUCUGAAGCGUGAUAAAAUGAGUGCUAGUGAAGCUCUUCACCAGACCAUGAAGUGGAUGAGAGAAUCCGAGACGAAAAGGUACACAGUGAGGGAAUGGGCCCCAUUUGUUCUGAUUGGAGAUGACGUCACUCUGGACCUAUAA